GCCAUGCCGCUGCUGGAGGUGAUCUGCAGCCUGAUUGGCUGGUUCUCGCUCUACCUGCUCUUCUGCCACACCUUCGCUCAGCGGGGGCCCGAGUGGAACUGCCGCCUCGUCACUUUGUCCCACGGGGUCCUCAUAGUCCUGCUCACAGCCUACGUGGUCUUCAUAGACGGGCCCUGGCCUUUCACACAUGCCGGUACAGAAAACACCGAGCUCCAGACCUUCUCCCUGGCCGUCUGCCUGGGCUACUUCUUCUUCGACAUGGGCUGGUGCGUGUGCAACCGCAGCGAGGGCCCCGUCAUGCUGGCGCACCACGCCGCCAGCAUCGCGGGCAUCCUGCUGGCCCUGCUCAUGGGCGUGUCGGGCUGCGAGACCUGCGGCGUCAUCUUCGGCAGCGAGAUCACCAACCCGCUGCUGCAGACCCGCUGGUUCCUGCGCCGGCUGGGCCUGUACGACGGCCUGCUGGGCGACGCCGUGGACCUGCUCUUCAUCCUGCUGUUCGCCACCGUGCGAGUGGGCGUCGGCACUGUGAUGUUCUACUGCGAGCUCACGUCCCCCAGGACCACGCUGGUCAUGAAGCUGGGCGGCGUGGUCAUGUACGGGAUAGCCUGGGUGUUCAUGGUGGACAUCGCCAGAUUUGGCUACAAGAAAAGCAGGGCCAAGUACAAAAGGUGGCGAGAGAAGCACAAGCUCAAAGAACCGGAAGGGCUUCCGGAUAAGCGUGACUGAAGGACGUUUGAUGUGCUUAAACACCUGCAGGAACCAACCUUCAGUGGGAUGUUUCUCCUUCAGUGGCUUCUGGACCUCUGAAGGUGUUCAAAACCCAACUGGUCUGACGAAAACAAAAGCAUGUUGGUGGAUCUCUGAGGAACAUGUGAAUAAAAGAACAACAUGGAAGCAGCAGAGACUUUAGGUCCAGUUUCAGAAACACAGAGGCCUACAUUUCCCACAAUGCAACUCGAUGGCUGAACCUUCCCUGCCUGGUAGAAGUUUUGUUCACAAUCCACACACACACAUUUUCCACACUACAAACUGAUUCACGGUGGUGUACUGUGAGUACAAGAUUUCAAGUACUGUUUUUAAGUACAAAUUUGAGGUACUUUUUUUUUUUUUACUUCAUUACGAUAAUCUGACAGCUUUAAAAAUUAAACCUCAUGCGUACAAAACACACGAAGAGCUCAUAAAAAUCUGAUUUGUUUGAAAUCAGAGCAGCCAGUAGUUUAAAGGAUAUUAAUUUAAGGUAUUUUCAUGACAAACACUUUGUGGUUCCAGCUUUAAGAAAUGAAACGAAUGAUGGCUGAAUUCCAUUUAGCUGCUUCAGUUUCAGGGUCCUGGUAAACAACCGUCAAUACUCAGAUUCAAAAUGCAGUACUUCAAGAAAAGAAAUACUCCUUUUCUCUUUUAUACUCCAGUCUAACAAGUGUACUUUCUAGGUUUUCUUUUCUGCGCUGGAUUUUACAACCAGGAGUUCAGCUGUGUUUAAAAUAAUAAUAAUUAAAAAAAAACAAAACAAAACAAAACAUUGUGGCUUAACUCCACAAGCAGACUUAAGCUGAUGUGUUUGUGUCAGAUUUACUGCAGGAAGAAGGAAGUUUUUCAUCAUCACAAGCUCAAAUGUCAACUAACUUGCUGUAAAAGUUCGUCAAAAAGUUGUACGUGAAACCGAAGCUUCCGUGAAUUAAAAAAAAAAAAAAGAACAACAACAACAACAACACAGCCAACACACAGGAGCUCCCAAAAUGUGUAUCAGUCCGCGACUAAAAAUAGUCCCUGACAGAUUACACUUUUUUAGAAACGUCUUGUGUUUUACGGAACAAUUUAUUUAAUGUUUCCACAUAAAAACGACGACGGCUGAAUGUUGGCGACAAAUGGCGGCUCUACGAGGACGUCGCCGAUUCUGCAGUUUUGACUGUUUAAUUUAAAAGGUGCAGUUCACCCCAAAAUCAAAACCACGUGUUCUUCUCUGCAUCUAUUUAAAAUUAAGUAUGAACGAAUGGUGGAAAACCAGUGGGGGGCGACGUGGCGAAGAACUGUUUAUUAUCGUAUCUUUUAAAGUCGUUUUCCAGGAUGAAUGGAUGGAUUAGCCAGUCAAAAUGAUGAAAGUUCGUUAAGUUCAUUCAGGUGUUUGCUGAAACCAACACUUGGGUGGAUGAGUUUCCCUCCCGCACGUCUGAUGGUUUCACGACCUUCAGACGACGUUCAAAAGAACUUUUGUUUAGAGUUAAUUUCGGAGUGGACUGCUCCUUUAAUGCUCCUCAUUGUCGUCUUCCGGGCUCGCAAGUGGGCUUUAAAA